CAGAUAACAACUACAAUAUAAUAUAUAAAAGGAAAAUAAUCGUGCACUUACAAUAUACAGUACUAAGAAUGGCUCCAUUCAAAAGCAUUCUGAUUCUUCUGACGAUGAGUUGUUUGUUGAUCGUAAGCUACGGUCAGGUCAGUCAAGGAGGUUCUCAUAUUGACCAAGGCAAACCUCACGUCUCCCAGGGCGGAUCUCAUGAAGACCAAGGCAGAGUCCGUCGUCAAGCGAUUCAAGAUCCCACAAAACAAAAACUAAACGAAGAUGCUAUCAAUACCAAAAAUUGGACCACAUGUGACUUUGGAGUUACUCCGACAAUUUCAUGCUAUAAUUGUAACACACGACUUAUUUGUAAACCAAUUGGAGGUCUUUUAAAAGCAUGUAAUGAUCCAAUGAGACCUUUCUGCAAUUCAGGCAUAUGUUCAUCCACACCUACAGCGAAUUGUUUUUAAAAAUUAGGUCUGGCCGUAAACGUUCUUAUAAAUCUUUUUCUUUUAAAUAUACUAAUGCAUGAAAUAAAGUUACUAACUAGCUAAAA